UGAAGAAGAGCUGAUCAUUACCUUUGUCUCUCCUGUGGUCUUCAGUGCUGACCAGGCACUGGACAGGUUCGCCAUGAGGCGCUUCUACGAAGACAAAGCACUUCCUGUGGGUCAACCGUCGCAGAGAAGGUAUGUGCGUUACUUCAGUGGUCUGCUCUCUGGCCACAUCAAGAUUAACAACAAGCCUCUGUUCCUGCACCAUGUCAUCAUGCACGGCAUCCCCAACUUCGAGUCCAAAGGAGGCUGUCGUCCUUUCCUGAAGAUUUACCAGGCGAUGCAGCCAGUCUACACGUCAGGGAUAUAUAACGUACAAGGGGACAGUCACACCAGUAUCUGCAUCACCAUUGAACCUGGCCUGCUCCUAAAGGGAGACAUUUUGUUGAAGUGUUACCACAAGCGUUUCCGGAGCCCCAUUAGGGAUGUGGUAUUCAGAGUGCAGUUCCACACCUGUGCCAUCCACGACCUGGGAGUGGUCUUCGGGAAGAAUGAACUGGAUCAGACUUUUAAAGAUGAGAGAUUUCCAGAAUAUGGGAAAGUGGAAUUUGUCUUCUCCUUCUGACCUGAGAAAAUCA